AUGGUCGGCGGUGUCCACAAAGCCUGCUGCUUCUUCACCAACGGCAUCGACUUUGAGUUCAAGUGCCCGCACCUCCAGCUCAUAAUCAAGACUCUGUUCGAAUGGUUCAAUGCCUACUACAUCCUCUACGAAGAUCGCCGUGCCUUCGCAUUGGAUGACGAGGUACUCUCUUCACCUCCCUCGGAAGCUUCCGAGGGUACCGACGAUGACACCGACCCGGUUGAUGACUACCAUGCGCCUGAAGGCUUUGAGGACUACCUGCCGGAUGAAGAAGCCCUGGACGUGGACCUCGAGAAAAGGCGAGAGACGUACGAGAAAGCGGCGGGAUAUGUGAUGAGCCAUCAGCAGAUGCUUGCGCUCUUCUUCGGCCGAUUGAAUGAAAACAAGGGAUGGCCUACGAAUGACAAAGCGCUGGCAAAACAGGUGGACAAGAAUCACAAUCCGGAUCCCUGGGUUAUUUCGUCCACUUCCAGGGCAACAUCCAAGCGCAGCGUCAGCGAGCUGACCCAGCAGGGUGCGGGGGACGAACGAAGGUCGAAGAGGUCUCGCAGCGGAGUGUAG